GCAAAUCCAUUACCAGGUUGUCUUAAUUGUGUUUUCAUUUUUCAUCGAAUUGUUCGACAGAUCAAUUAAUAUGAAUAGCGACUUCAAUUUCCGGUAUCGAACCUCGGCCCUGUCCAGAGUUUAUAAAUAAUUUAUUGAUUUUAUUAUUCGAUUCGAGUCUCUCGAGCCGACGUAUGUAGACGAUACCCGUUCGUGUUUUUUUAACACUCGAACACCUCCUCCCGUACCAUAAUCAGCCGAAGAGGAGGAAAUUUCUCUAUACUGCAGCGUCUGCAGACGUCGUUCCCACGACACACUCCUCGCCUUUCCUCUUAAUGACCACUACUACCGGCGCGUUUGUAACACUGAAAUUCCCCUUCGUGUUCGACUCGAUUCUCCUCUGCUUCGCUCUCGAGACGCCGCGUGCUCCAGCUUAUCUUCCUGUCUCAGUUUUAUACUCGAGGAGUCUAGGCGAGAAGGGCAAUCGACAAAGUGGCGUUGGUCCUCCGCGCGAACGAUUUCUUCCACUUCGCGAUCAAUUUCCACCUUCCUCCGAUCCGAGUUUAACGACUGGAAAUGUUCGAAGACGUCUUCUCAUCUGUUAUCCGCUUUUUUCCCUCCUCGAGUCCGACAGCGAUCUGGUCGAAAUGACGAUCCAAUCGCGGGCUCUGCUCCGUUGUCCCCGUGAACCAGAGAGAAAUCGGAUGUGAACUGUUACGCUUUGAGGUAGCCGGUAAUUUGUUUCUUUUUUUUUUUUUUUCUAGCUAUUAUAUCAAGUGAACAAUGCUUCUGCGUACAGGUAUUUGCGGAACGUGAUGGAACUCGA